CUCUUGAUUCUUUCUGCGAGAGGUUCCUGUUUCCUGGCGGAGAGGAGAAGUGGGGGGAGAGGCCGAAGACCUCCGCCGCGUUUCCACUCCCUUGCCCCGCCCGCCUUCGAGCUGUUCUGAGACUCCGAUCUCGGGAACCGAGAAAAAGGGGGUCUGCGAAGAGGUCUCUUGCGGCAGAACAAUGGAGGUACUUGGCAAACCUGUGAUUGCUGAGCCCAGCAACGUGAUUUUCUUGUCCACUAUUCUUAACACUGAAGGGCAAGUUCCCAGUCACAAGUGUGACAAGAGGUGCCAGAAUGAGCACAUCUUUGGCAACAUGUACCGUUGCAAACUGACUGGGCUGACGCACAUCUGUGACAAAAACUGCAACCAGAGGAUCCUCUAUGACAACCACAACUCGCUCUGCCGAGUGAGUGGGCAGCUGUUCCCGCUCUCACCACUGGAGCUGCAGGCUGUCAGGGGGAUCCGGAGGAAGCAUGAAGUUGACAGCCAUGAAGGGUGCUCCUUUAAGCGCAGGCGCGGUGCACAGCUUCAUCCUUCCCCUUUCGAGAGGUCCUACUCUGCCGUCUCUCCGAUACCAAGCCAAGCUGGAGAUGGCAUGGACCUGAGCUAGAGCUGACGAGACUUCCAUCCUUCCUUUCCCCGGCCACCUUACGCGGAUCUUUCUACUCCAUUUCCCCUUCUUCGACAGGAUGGAACUAUAAGAGUUUCCUUCUUUGUAGACUGAUGAAGGGAUAUGAGACUCCUUAGAGGGACAGAAUAAAUUUCUAUGUAGUAUCACUUCUGAUUCAUGGGACCUUGUUGUAAUCGUAACUUCGAUUGAACAUCCUAUUCUGAAUUACCUAGUAUUUUGAGAUGAUCA